UAGAGCCGUACACCGGUGCGUGGUGACGCAGGGGCGUGCGCUCGGUGGCUAAUCCGGGGAGAUGGCGGCUGCUGCUAUGGAGGCGAGGGAUUGAGAGGGGCGGAGGGAGGAGGCCGAGAGGAGAGACGUUCCCAACCGUGAACACGAACGUGCGCUCGCCCUUCACUAGGAGCUGUGCUCCGCGCCGAGUGUCCUAGAACGAAAACAUCACCAUGGCUACAGAAAUUGGUUCUCCUCCUCGUUUUUUCCAUAUGCCAAGGUUCCAACAUCAGGCACCGCGACAACUGUUUUAUAAGCGACCUGAUUUUGCACAGCAGCAAGCAAUGCAGCAGCUUACCUUUGAUGGAAAACGAAUGAGAAAAGCAGUAAACCGAAAAACGAUAGACUAUAAUCCGUCUGUAAUUAAGUAUUUGGAGAAUAGAAUAUGGCAAAGAGACCAGAGAGAUAUGAGGGCAAUUCAGCCUGACGCAGGUUAUUAUAAUGAUCUGGUCCCACCUAUAGGGAUGUUGAAUAAUCCUAUGAAUGCAGUAACAACAAAAUUUGUUAGAACAUCAACCAAUAAAGUAAAGUGUCCGGUAUUUGUUGUUAGGUGGACUCCAGAAGGAAGACGGUUGGUCACUGGAGCUUCUAGUGGAGAGUUCACCUUGUGGAAUGGACUCACUUUCAAUUUUGAAACGAUACUACAGGCUCAUGAUAGCCCAGUGAGGGCCAUGACUUGGUCACACAAUGACAUGUGGAUGUUGACAGCAGACCACGGAGGAUAUGUGAAAUAUUGGCAGUCGAACAUGAACAACGUCAAGAUGUUCCAGGCACAUAAGGAGGCGAUUAGAGAGGCCAGUUUCUCACCCACGGAUAAUAAAUUUGCUACAUGCUCUGAUGACGGCACUGUUAGAAUCUGGGACUUUCUUCGUUGCCAUGAGGAAAGAAUUCUCCGAGGGCAUGGUGCUGAUGUGAAAUGUGUAGACUGGCAUCCAACAAAAGGGUUAGUUGUUUCAGGAAGUAAAGAUAGUCAACAGCCAAUCAAGUUCUGGGAUCCCAAGACUGGGCAGAGUCUUGCAACACUUCAUGCCCAUAAAAACACAGUGAUGGAAGUAAAAUUAAAUCUCAAUGGCAAUUGGCUACUCACAGCAUCACGUGACCAUCUCUGUAAACUUUUUGAUAUCAGAAACUUGAAAGAAGAGCUUCAAGUCUUCCGAGGUCAUAAGAAAGAAGCCACAGCUGUGGCCUGGCAUCCUGUGCAUGAAGGACUUUUUGCCAGUGGAGGGUCCGAUGGCUCUUUGCUCUUCUGGCAUGUUGGGGUAGAGAAGGAAGUGGGUGGGAUGGAGAUGGCCCACGAAGGAAUGAUCUGGAGUCUGGCGUGGCAUCCACUUGGACAUAUUCUCUGCUCAGGCUCAAAUGACCACACCAGCAAAUUCUGGACCCGAAACCGACCAGGUGAUAAAAUGCGCGAUCGCUAUAAUCUAAACCUAUUACCGGGAAUGUCAGAAGAUGGAGUAGAAUAUGAUGACCUUGAACCUAAUAGCCUGGCAGUAAUUCCAGGGAUGGGAAUACCAGAACAACUUAAAUUAGCCAUGGAGCAAGAGCAGAUGGGGAAAGAUGAGUCCAAUGAAAUUGAAAUGACAAUUCCAGGUUUAGAUUGGGGAAUGGAGGAAGUGAUGCAAAAGGAUCAGAAAAAAGUACCUCAGAAGAAAGUUCCUUAUGCAAAACCUAUCCCUGCUCAGUUCCAGCAGGCUUGGAUGCAAAAUAAAGUUCCAAUUCCUGCCCCAAAUGAGGUACUGAAUGACAGAAAAGAGGACAUUAAAUUGGAAGAGAAGAAAAAAACACAAGCAGAAAUUGAGCAAGAAAUGGCCACAUUACAGUAUACUAACCCGCAGCUUCUAGAGCAACUUAAAAUUGAAAGGCUUGCACAGAAACAGGCUGAGCAAAUUCAGCCUCCUCCUGCAUCUGGUACCCCUCUUCUUGGACCCCAGCCCUUUCCAGGACAAGGUCCAAUGUCUCAGAUUCCUCAAGGUUUUCAACAGCCCCAUUCAUCUCAGCAGAUGCCAAUGAACAUGGCUCAAAUGGGGCCUCCAGGUCCACAGGGACAGUUCAGACCCCCUGGACCCCAGGGACAAAUGGGACCACAAGGUCCUCCACUGCAUCAGGGAGGUGGAGGGCCACAAGGAUUCAUGGGACCACAAGGGCCCCAGGGACCACCCCAAGGGUUGCCGAGGCCUCAGGACAUACAUGGCCCCCAAGGAAUGCAAAGGCAUCCUGGACCUCAUGGCCCUUUGGGACUUCAAGGACCACCUGGGCCACAGGGUAAUUCUGGUCCUCAGGGUCAUAUGGGCCCACAAGGUCACAUAGGCCCCCAAGGCCCACCUGGUCCCCAGGGGCACAUGGGCCCUCAGGGGCCUCCAGGUAAUCAAGGUAUGCAGGGGCCACCUGGUCCCAGAGGAAUGCAAGGACCUCCUCAUCCUCAUGGGAUGCAAGGCGGGCCCGGGUCUCAGGGGAUCCAAGGUCCUGUGUCUCAGGGACCUCUGAUGGGACUGAAUCCAAGAGGAAUGCAGGGUCCUCCAGGCCCUCGAGAGAAUCAGGGUCCUGCUCCCCAAGGCAUGAUGAUGGGCCACCCACCUCAAGAGAUGAGACCUCACCCUCCAAGUGGACUGCUGGGACAUGGCCCGCAGGAAAUGCGAGGCCCUCAGGAGAUGCGUGCCAUGCAGGGGCCUCCACCUCAAGGGCCGAUGCUGGGCCCUCCCCAGGAGUUGCGAGGGCCUCCAGGCUCACAAGGACAGCAGGGGCCGCCCCAGGGCUCUCUGGGGCCUCCACCCCAGGGUGGCAUGCAGGGGCCCCCAGGACCUCAGGGACAGCAGAACCCUGCCCGCGGGCCACAUUCGUCUCAAGGGCAAAUGCCAUUCCAGCAGCAGAAAACGGCUCUCCUGGGUGAUGGGCCCCGGGCCCCCUUCAAUCAGGAAGGACAGAAUACAGGCCCCCCACCCCUGAUCCCAGGCCUAGGGCAGCAGGGAGCACAAGGUCGCAUCCCCCCUCUUAACCCUGGACAAGGACCUGGCCCUAACAAAGGUGACUCCCGGGGCCCUCCCAACCACCACAUGGGCCCGCUGUCCGAGAGGCGGCACGAGCAGAGCAGCGGCCCUGAGCACGGUGCCGACAGGGGGCCAUUCCGGGGCGGCCAGGACUGCAGGGGUCCCCCUGACCGACGCGGCCCUCAUCCCGACUUUCCUGACGACUUCAGCAGACCAGAUGACUUCCACCCUGACAAGCGAUUUGGCCACCGAUUACGUGAAUUUGAGGGGCGAGGAGGACCUUUACCACAAGAAGAGAAGUGGAGGCGAGGGGGGCCCGGGCCUCCCUUUCCUCCUGAUCACAGGGAAUUCAGCGAGGGGGAUGGCCGGGGCGCAGCCCGGGGCCCGCCAGGGGCAUGGGAAGGCCGCAGACCUGGAGACGAGCGAUUCCCCCGGGACCCCGAGGACCCACGCUUUCGAGGGCGCAGAGAAGAAAGCUUCAGGAGAGGAGCCCCCCCGAGACACGAAGGCCGGGCUCCCCCCCGAGGAAGAGAUGGCUUUCCUGGUCCUGAAGACUUCGGUCCAGAGGAGAGCUUUGAUGCUUCUGAGGAAGCUGCCCGUGGAAGAGACCUCCGGGGCAGAGGUCGGGGUGCCCCAAGAGGAGGAAGGAAGGGUCUACUUCCCACUCCUGAUGAAUUCCCUCGCUUUGAAGGAGGUCGGAAACCAGACUCCUGGGAUGGAAGUCGAGAGCCAGGGCCAGGUCACGAACAUUUCCGUGAUGCUCCCCGCCCUGACCAUCCCCCUCACGACGGUCAUUCCCCAGCUGGCAGAGAGCGCUCCUCUUCUCUCCAAGGCAUGGACAUGGCAUCCCUGCCACCUCGAAAGCGCCCUUGGCAUGAUGGGCCAGGGACCUCUGAGCACAGAGAAAUGGAAGCCCCCGGGGGUCCUUCGGAGGAUCGAGGAGGCAAAGGCCGAGGGGGCCCAGGACCUUCCCAAAGAGUGCCGAAGUCUGGGCGCUCCAGCUCCUUGGAUGGAGACCACCAUGACGGAUACCACAGAGAUGAACCUUUUGGGGGCCCUCCAGGCAGUGGUACUCCUUCCAGAGGGGUCCGGAGUAGCAGUAACUGGAGUAGAGGGAGUAACAUGAACUCUGGUCCGCCACGGCGAGGAGCUUCAAGGGGUGGUGGAAGGGGCCGGUAGAAGUUGGGGUUGAGUACCCCCCGGCCUCUCUGGACAGUAUUUAACAACUGCUCGUGGACUCGCCAAGAGAAACAAAAGGAAGCCUGCACCUUGUCGCCCUGACCCUUCUGGGGCAGCUGAAUUCCCGGAGCCCUGAGGUCUUCAGGGUGAAGAGACUGCUGCUGGCCCCGAGCAGCUGCCUUGUCUUGUCCUGUCCACCUCACUGCCCAGCUCCUGCAUUGUUUUGUGAGAUAAACGCUGGAAUUUUUUUUAA